AUGACCGACGAGACGAAUCCAUUCUCAGACGAGAAUAUGCGCAAGAGGGGAUAUCACACAUUCCGAUGCUUCGACCAAACAUUCCGCGUCGAGAAACGAUGGCAACUCAUCCGUGAAAUGGGCUCAGGAGCUUACGGCGUAGUCGCAUCUGCAGCGGAUGAGAUUUCUGGAGAGACCGUAGCGAUCAAGAUGGUCACACGGGUGUUCGACAAGGUCUCCCUUGCGAAGCGCGCGCUGCGAGAACUCACACUUCUCCGGCACUUCAAUAACCACGAGAACAUCACCGGCUUGAUCGAUGUCGAUGCAAUAGCACCAGGCUUUAACGAGAUUUAUCUCUUUAUGGAGCCAAUGGAAGCCGACUUGCACCAGAUCAUCAAGUCAGGACAGGCCUUGACGAACGAACACGUCCAGUACUUUGUGUACCAAAUCCUGCGAGGCAUGAAGUACAUCCAUUCAGCAUCAGUCGUGCACCGCGACCUCAAACCCGGCAACCUACUUGUCAACUCGGAUUGCGAACUGAAGAUAUGCGACUUCGGUCUCAGCCGAGGUUUUGACGCGCAAUCUGAGGAUGGUGUUUCUCACAUGACGGAAUAUGUCGCCACACGAUGGUACCGCGCGCCGGAGAUCAUGCUCGCUUUCAGGCGGUACGAUACGGCGAUCGAUGUUUGGUCUAUAGGCUGUAUACUUGCCGAGCUGUUGCUUGGCAAACCCAUGUUCAAGGGCAAGGACUAUGUCGAUCAACUAAACAAGAUAUUGGACUUCGUCGGUACCCCGAGCGACGAAGUUCUCAGGCGAAUAGCAAGUGAUAAGGCCAGAGCUUACGUGCGAACGUUGCCUAUCCGGAAGAAGCAGUCGCUCAGUAAACUCAUUCCGGAUGCCGAUCCCGAAGCGCUUGACCUUCUGGAGAAGCUUCUUGCGUUCGAUCCUGCGGCGCGUCUCACGGUUGAACAAGCGAUUGCCCAUCCAUGGCUUGCCGCGUACCACGACGUAAACGAUGAGCCAACAUGUCUGCAACCUUUCGACCGCUGGAGAGAGAUCGAGCAGUUGGAAACGCUGGAGGACUUCCGUGCUGCAUUAUGGGAGGAGAUUGAGGACUACCGACGGGAAGUGCGAGCUAUAGCGCUUGAACAGGACGAGCACCCCGGUCCACUUCGUAGCCCAAGCAACAUGGGCUCGGCAUCACACUCCCCUACAUACUCCCGCGUCUCCCCAUCGCAAGCUCCGGCAUCACAGUUACCGCCCACACCUGAAGCACAUAUUGGUUCUCACUUGACGGCCCAAGGACCAUCAACAUCAUCCUCCAUUACCCCGCACGCAUCGAAUAUCGUCAGUUUCCCAACAACCGCAGAACACAGUCCCGAGAAGCACGGCGACGAACUAGAUGGCGAGUUACCUCCCGCCAUUGCCCGACUGCGUGCAGGGCAUGGGCGGUACGCCUCGGUGGCCGACCCGCUCAUGUCCUACGCCCGCCGCGCAAGCAUCUUCUCGGUCCCAGAAAACCUGAGGUAUCGCGUACCGCAGGCGCAAGUGCAGGAGACCGGCACGCCACCUUCAGGACUUCCACCUCAAGGUACCGAUGCAGCGUACCCCUUCCCCAGUAUGAACGCUGGGAGCGGAUACGUGCUACCCGCACGAAGCAGGACAGCGAGCGUCAUCGACAUGCCGCGGCGCUUGCUACGGACCCUUUCAACGGUAUCCAUAUACGAGCCCAUAGAUGUGGCUGUGCUAGCGGCCGGUGCCGGCGCUCCUGGGCAAGAAGGUGGGGUAGCGGACAUGGCGCGUGCGAUUAGGGCCAAGGAGACGGACGCGGACGAGCCUGCCAGUGCUAUACCAGGCGAGAUCGCGGACAGCAACGGCAAGAGUGGGAGCCGAGAGAAGUACGGCGAGGGUGGCGGGAGUCAUGUACGGGAUCCUGCUGAGACAGGCGGGGAUGGCGGUGGUGAGCAGGGAACUGGGUGA